UGUAUAUGGCGGACGAAAAUUUCCACAGGAGGAACCGCAACGCAAACCCCCCUGUGCAAGGCAGAAACCGAGAGCUUGCACGGACCGACCAAAGCUCGGCAAAUUCAUGACUCAUUACGCCAUUACACUUUACUAAAAUGUAACGUAGCGAAUCGCGGAGGGGGGGAAAAACGCGGAGGAAGCAGUUGUGCAGUCACCUCUGGUCGGGGAGGGAAGCUUUCUGGAGCGCCAGCCUGUUUCGCAUGAGCUGCAUCGUUUUUGGAGAAACACAGGCUCAGAGGAGGUGGAGUCAUGAGUGCAAAAGAGUCACCCAAUCCUGGAAAGGAGCAGGCAGACGGUGGGAGUGCAGCCGCAGAUGCCCCAGCGACGAAGGCUACUAGUUCACCAUCUGUCACUGUAAAGAAAGAGCCUGGGACCUCAGAGACGAGCAACGGAAAAGUUGGUGAUCCCAAUCCUGCUGAGAUCUGUGUUGUCAUUGGAGGAAAUGGGGGAGCAAGUGGCGGUGGAUCCCGUCGAGCUCAGUCCGAGGGUAUGUUUGCCCUUGGUACUCCUCCUCCAACGAAGAGCACAGACUCAUGCAUAGGUUCAUAUGUAUGUGGAGUAUGUGGGAAGAAGUACAAGUAUUAUAACUGCUUUCAGACACAUGUCAGGGCGCACAGAGAAUCAGAGAGCAUGGUUGGAGAUGGUCUACCCCAAACACCCAACAGUAGCUUCCGUUACUCCUGUGACAUCUGUGGGAAGAAGUAUAAAUACUAUAGCUGCUUCCAGGAGCACCGUGACCUGCAUGCAGUUGAUGAUCCAUAUGAACAGGUAGUGUUACCUGUGGAUGGCCUUAAAGAAGAGGAGCCAGUGGAACCGUAUCAGAAAAUUGGACCAAGAGAAAAAGCACUCACCCACCUCUACAGAGACGGCGGGUUCAGCAGACAGCAGCGCGUGUCCCUAAAAACACUAUUGGCAGUGUUUGCAGAAACUGGGAGCUAUGUUUGUGAGUUCUGUGGAAAGCAGUAUAAGUAUUUUAACCCGUACCAGGAACACGUUGCUCUUCACACACCAAUGGGUUCAUUUGAUUUGAAGACCUCGCGGGUACAGGAAUGUGGUAGCAUGGACAUGAGUAAAUUUGGCCACAGCCAAACUGGAAAGAUAAAAAACAGUCCAUUCAGGCGGAAACUGGAAAGUGCAAUUCAGUCUAGUCUGGUUGACACAAACAGUUCGCAGAACUCGAGUGGAACUCCAAGCCCUCUGGUGGCCAGUUCUUUCUCUACAGCACAGAAACCGUACACUUGUGGUGCCUGUGGCAUCCAGUUCCAGUUCUACAACAACCUGCUGGAGCACAUGCAGUCCCAUGCUGCUGAUAAUGAGAACCACACCAAAGGGGACUCUCCCAAAACCUCUUCAGUUUCGGGUCCUCAGGAGCAGCUGUGGAGAGGCUCUCAGGCUCAGGCCCAUUCCUCAGUUAAACUACAAAUCCAGCCUCAAAGUAUCUCCCAGAGAAACCAUGCUCUCACCCAGAAUAAUGGACUACCUGAGAAGGAGCGACAGCAGGUGGCUGAACGCCUAUUACGGGUAAUGUGUUCAGACCUGAGCAUGCUAAAUGUGCUUAACAGCAAGGACUUCCUGAAGUUGGCACAGACCCUAGUGGAUACGGGUGCUCGUCAUGGUGCCUACUCCACCCGUGAUGCUCUUGGCAACAUGAGUGCCUUGGCACUGCGCCAGCUGCCCCGCAUGUACAACCAAGUAAAAGUCAAGGUCACGUGUGCUCUAGGCUCCAAUGCUUCGCUUGGCAUCGCUGUCACCUGCCACUCCCAGACAUCUGGCCCAGAUGCUUGCUAUGUUCUUACAGCCUACCAGGUGGAGGGCUCAAGACUGAAACGUUAUGUGCUUGGUGUAAGGGAGGCUGAGCUGAGGGAAGGGCCCGAACAGGUUCACCACUGGGUGCAGAAUGUGCUUUCUGAGUUUGUGAUGUCAGACAUCCGCACUGUGUAUGUCUCUGAGCCCAGAGUGUGGGCAGCAGGAUUUGCAGGCUCACCACUGGGUGGUGGGGGUCGGGGGAGGAUAUGUUUACGCUGCGCAGGAUGCUCACUUGGUGCAGUUGUUCAGGCUGUUCUUGGGAAGCGCAGCCUCCAGGCUCGAGGGCUUCAUGAGCUGGCUGAGCUUCUCUCCACAUGCAGAGAUAUCACUUCCUCUACUACACUUGUUCUUCGUGAGGAACAGUGUACCAAUACAUCCACAAGCACAACCGAGGAAGGUACACAGGGCAAUCCUGCACAAUGCCCCACCCCUCCUUGCUGGGAUCGUAUGGCCGAAGCUCUUCUGCAGGUCCAUGCCCACUUUGAACAGAUUUGUGAGGCUUAUGGCCGCAGUAAGGCCACAGCCCCACUCCUCCAAGGUCUCAACAAGCAUCUGCUAGGCACCCUGGCUUGUCUGCUGGCACCUCUACGCCUGGCAGCUCUGGAGCUGAGCAGCCAGAGGAGACCAACUUUACAGCAGGUGCUGCCCGUCUACCUACGCCUGGAGAAGUUUUUCACAUCCAAAGCUGGAGAGGCUGGAACCGGCACAGCUAGCAAACUCUGCCACUAUUUCCUAGAGGCACUCAAGGAAAAUUUCAAGGUUGAACGAGCUCACCAGGUUGCUAUGGUCCUGGACCCACAGCUCAAGCUGCGUUCAGUGCCAGCCUACCAGCAUGAAGACAUCAUUUCUCGUGCAUGCGAAAUGGCUGCUGAAACCAGGGAUGGUGGUAUCACUGGCGGUGGAGGUUCAGGUGGCGACGAGAGGGACACCGAUGGCCCACCCACUCCUAAAAUAAGCCGAGUAGAGGGAAGUGGAAACAACGGUGGCCCCUCAAGGGGGUCCUCCUCAUCUUGCACAGUGUCUGGUAGUGAUGACAGUCAAAGCCAAGUUAGACAAGAGAUUUUUCAAUACCUGGCUGAGCCUCUUCUCCAAGGUGCACCUGAUCUCUUCCAGUACUGGAGCUCAACAGUGGGUGAGAAGUUCCCCAGGCUUGCUCGCCUGGCACUGUGGCUACUUGCAGUGCCUGCUGUGGGCAUACGUAGAGAGUGUGUGACUGUGUGUGAGCAGAGCCUGGCUAUGAAGAGGAAGCAGCAGGUAACUGCUGAGGAAAUGAACAAGCUAAUUUUCCUUCACUCUAACAUGGGCUAGAAGAAAACCUAACUAACCUAAUCAACCAAACCUUCACCUCCAACCAAUGACUCAAGACUAUUAUUUAUAUACUUUAGGUUUAGACUAACUGUAAACAUAAAUGUGUAUGGACAUUAAAUACUUCUCAAGACAAAUAUUUAAAGAUAAAGUCACAUUGUUAAGGUUACCAACACCCAUAAAAUAAUACGGCGUGUUACUUAUUUUGAAUGGAGUUGUUAAGUACUGUGGACAAAAUGUAGGGGUGGAACAGUAACUCUCAAAAGAUUGUCCUGUUUGGUACUCUGUCCUCGGUUUGGGAUGCACACAUAAGCAGGAUGAGUUUAGUCUUGUCACAGCCAGUGAUUUGAUUUACUCCAGCCUAAUAACUAAACUACUACAAGGCUAUAAUGCUGUUAUUCUCACUGGAUGACAACAUUUUCAGGUAAAGUUAGCAUUCGUUGCUUGAAGUUGCUGUCAUAGACCUCUGAAAAUUGACUGUCAAAGUUGACCAGGUCUUUACAGUAUGUAAAGUAAUAUUCAUUGGUGUAUGACACAAAUAAUCAAGCAGGGCAUCUUCACUGCCAUUGCACCUCUGACAAUUAGGUGUACUAGGUUUAUCAUUUACUAUCACUAAUCACAGAAAUGUUUAUUUUUCAGUAUAUUCAGCCAUGGGCAGUUAACUUAAUCAUUGCAGUUACUUUGAUGGUUGCAUCAGUGGGCUAAAGUGUAGCUGCAAAUGAUUUGCAUGCAGUGCAUGCAACUUUUUCAUUCAACAAGAUAAAAAGUAGCAGAUAAAAACAUGGAUAAAACAAGUAUGACACAUUUUUAUGUUACAAAUUGUAAAGGAAAGUCACCCAGCAUUUUGUUUUCUUUCUAGAAAUAACUUAAGAAGUAUGCUGCUAGAUAUAGAAGUCAAACUUAUUGACUUGCACAGAAGAGACGAAAUGAUACACUUCAGCUUCUGGUGGACUUUUCUUUACAAAUGAUUUUGCUACAUCUGCAAAGAGGAAACCGGCACAUUAGAAACCUGCUCGUGGUUAGUUUUUAUAGAGUUCAUUCAGCCUUACCGUAUUGUAACUGGUUUGCAUCAACAAGCAGCUAAAAAACACGUUACGUCAUUAAUCCUUUACAUUAUAUCGGUACAGACGCGUGUUGGAAGAAAAGAAAACAAAAAGCAAUGAUAGUAUUAUUUUUGACCCUUUUGACUUGCUUAAUGUUAGUUCUGGUAAUUUAGGAAUGAGUCAGCUCUGUAGCUGAUUAUAAUUCACACGAGUUGUUUUUACACUGAAGACAUUUUGCCUUUGCGUUUCCCGCAGAUGAAAAGCCGUCGCUUGUAAGGAAAGUUUUAAUUGAUGCUUGCAUAAAUCUUAGUUUGCGCUUAUAUGUAUUUUUUUUAAGCUCAAUUAGAAAAGACUUGUCAAUAGGGAAGUUAUAUUUAUGCUUUUUGCAUUUAUAAUUUCGUAUAUAAACGCUGUCUUCCUCAUGUGAGCUACACAUUUCCAUUUUCAAGGCAAUAAGCUUUAUCUCGGGCCAUAGUUUCCAACUUUCUCGGACUGUUCUCAUCACACUCCUACAGUUAAAUAUCAAGGAUCAACUAUUUCAAUUAUUUGUUUGUAAAAUCAAUGGGAUUUUCUCAGGAACGACCAUAUCCACGAAGGCACCGCCACUUUUCCUCACUGUACCGAAAAGAAACCAAACUGUGACCUCAAUGCCGAGGUAUGUACUGAACCGUGACUUUUGUGAAACGUUCCACCCCAAAUGCAGUUAGUGCCAUUCGCAACAAACGAGAGGAGAAACACUGAGGGUUUAUUUUUUACAGGACAAAACAAAUUCUGCUUGUGCAUUUACUAAAGUCAACGCAUGCAUAUGUCAAGUUAUUUAUUUUUUUAUGGAUCCUAGUAUACAUCUACUUGAGCUUUUACCUCCGAAAAUGACUUGGAUGAAUGGAAGCUAUGCUGUAAAUCUGGUUUGUUGCUUCUGGUACUAAUUAGUUGAGUACUAGUUUGUUAUCUCUGUUUUUGGGCCUUAAGUCUCUUUCAUGCAACCACCUUAAAUCCUCUAUUCAGAGCCGACAUCAUGCCUUUAUAUUACUGUUUAAUGGCCUUCUUUUGACCAUCCCUUAUAUGGCUUGUAGACAUUUUAUUUCCUUUUUUUUCUUUUACUCAUGUAGACUCAAAGGGAAACAAAGCGGCGUCCCAGUGCCCAAAUGACUCAUGGACAACCACUGUAUUUUAAAAGUGCUUGUUUUCAAAAGGUCAGCUUAACUGAGCAUGCAUGCUUUCAUCUUUUUAGUUCCCAAAAGGUCAGUAAUAAUCGUUACAGUAGCACAGUAUCCACAUGUAACGAUAAGUAUCCACUGUAUAAACAUGUACUGAAGUGACUCAGUGGUAGAUAUCAGUGCUCAUAUUGUGAUAUGAGAGUCUUUUGGAAAAUUGAUGUUUGAUUUUAUUUUAUUUUGGGGCCUCAGGCUACAUCACCUGCCCCUUAUUUAAACACUAAGACACCCUAAAAAAAAAAGUUUUUUUUCUUUUUCUUUUCUUUUUUUUUGCCCAGCUUUAAGCCCUUGGGCACCUUCAGGUACAGACAUAUUACAUUUGUUCCCUCUCAGUAUUUUCUAUCUUGUUCAUUUCAGCUGCUGCUUGUAUACAACAGGUUCAUUCAAACAUUCAUUUCCGGUUUCAGUGUCACUUUUGACCUUGCAGUGGUUCAUUGCUCGGCCAAUAAAAACACUGACGCACUGUACUUGGAAAUGAUGUCACUACUCUGAUACUUCUGCAUAUCACGUUUAUUGAUGGAAAGGCUGCCACGUCGUCCUCGUAGCGAUAAUUACUAAUCAUCCACUUGUGAAUCUAAAGAUCACAUCCUUUUUUUCAAGGCCUGGUGAAGGGACAGUUUGAUUAAACGUAAGGUUAACGUGACUGUAACCUUUAGUUUGUGAAGAAUAAUACUGGGAAGAAGACAUGCAAGAAAUGAGAGGGAACUAUCAGAUUAUGGUUUGACAUCUGAUUCUUUUUAUUAUGUAAUAACAUUUGUCAUCUUUGUUUUAGUGGCAUUAAAAGUAUAAAACACUUAUGUCAAUUAAAGGUCAAAGGCUCUGCAUUACAAACUGUUCAUAACUACACACAAUGUUUUUUAAUAGACUGUAGCCCUCCUUACCUCCAAGCUUUGAUUUUAGUAUUUCAUAAAUGCUUUUUUCCCCAUAGUGGUUUUCUUAAUAUAUCUAAUGUGUUUUUUUUAAUAUAUAUUUAUAUAUUUUGGUAAAAAAAAAAAAAAAAAGAAGAAGAAGAAGAGGAAAAAUUGCUGUAAAUUGUAUUUAAUUUUUUAAUUACCAAUCCAAUGUUUUACCUCAGUACUCAGAAGGUAGUGUUGUAAUUUAAAGAUUGGAAAUCAGAUGUUCAUACAAAAUUUAGGCUCCUCAAAGAUAUAGUCAAAAUACUGUACAUUGGUUUGUGGUUUCAAGUUAUCCUCAACUGAACUGAUGAAGGGAUUUUUUCUUAGAGUUUUUAAAUAAGUAUUUUCAAUAGGAUAUGCUCUGGGACAAAAUGCCAUUGUUGACGUAAUGAUGUCAACUUAAUUUUAUGUAGAAAUAGCAUUCUUUUGUUGAUUUAAACGAGUAUAUCUAAGAUAUGCAUGCUUUUAAUAAGAGUUCUGAUAUAUAACGUUAUAAGCCAGUGUCUCUCAUCAGAUGGAAAUGAAUCAUACUGGGUCUCAGUUGAUGUUUAAGACACUCAUUAGGAGUUGGAUAAGCAACCCCGGACUGAAUUUUAACCUUUCAAGGUGGGAGUAGCUGUGCUGAUCAUGGAUUGGUGUUUAUGGGUUGACAUCAUCCAUUUUCAGAGGAUGUAUUAUGUAAAUACAAGAGAACUGCUGUUUUUAUGCCACAAGGGGGCACCUUCAUUUCAGAGAUAAAAGUAGGGAGCACCAAUAACAUUAUACCUCUUUUUCUACAGUAGCAUUUCAGAAGGUUUUGAUAUAAUAGAAAACUCAACUUAGAUACUGUUACUAGAAAACUGAAAUCAGCUGUAAGUUUUAUUUUGUUUCAGGAUUUUAACUUAUUCAGAUUUAAAAAAAAAAAAAAAAAAAAGUUCAGUUGUAAAAUGUGGUAUAAGAAUGCUAACAUGGAGCUCUGUUCUGUUUUAACUAUGGAUUAUAGUCUGCAUUAUCAAUUCAGGUUAAGAAACUAGUGUUGCUUUCAUCCUAUUUUACAGGUAUUUCUUCCUUUUUAUACUCUGCUAAAACGCAAAAAAUAUGUUUUUGAUUCUAUUCAUUUUGUCUUUUUAUCGCACUUUGGCAGCAUAUUCCUGUGUAGAUUCAGAUCUGAGUUGUCUUAUUAGUAAACCUAAUUUAUACUUUUGUAGCAACACUAUUUUUAUAUAAUGGCAAAGAAAGGGUUCGGUGUCUUUUUUUUUUUUGUUUGUUUUUGUUUUUUUCUUGUGUCAUAUGACAGCGCUGUUCAAUGUUUCUUGAAUACAUUACCCACUGUAGUACGUUAUGUGUGAAUAAACUCCAAAUCUGUGUCAAA